CCAAGUCCGGAUAGAGCCGGUCCAUGAUCUCGGAAUCACUACAGUAUGGCGGAUGAACAACCAGCGAUGGUCCACGAGGACUCCAUCAACUCGCAGGACCCCAAUCAACACGGCGAGAAUACGAAGACGAAGAGUAGGAGGCCAGCGAACACUGCUUUUCGACAGCAGCGAUUAAAAGCAUGGCAACCGAUCCUCACCCCCAAAACUGUCCUCCCGCUGUUCUUUGCCAUAGGUAUUAUAUUCGCGCCAAUUGGAGGCGGAUUGCUUUAUGCUAGUGCACAAGUGCAAGAGAUCAUAUUGGAUUAUACGAAGUGCUAUACCGAGGCGCCAGACUAUCCAGCGACAGCUCCUAUGCCCUCAAAUCUUGUCCAUCUCUCAUUCAACAAGAACUCUUCGAAUCAAUUCCAGGCCGAUCCUCCAUCUUGGACGAAGAAGACCAUUAACUACACCUACCAUGAAGGCGUUGUGGUUCCGACUGUGCAAUGCACCCUCAAUUUCUCCAUUCCGAACGACAUGAAACCUCCGGUGCUCUUCUACUACCGCCUCACAAACUUCUACCAGAAUCACAGACGUUAUGCGAAGUCCUUCAACAACGACCAGUUAUCCGGGAAAGCCGUGUCUGCAAGCAGUAUUGAUGGAAGCGAUUGCACACCUCUUACAACCACUGAAGUUGAUGGUGUCAAAGUGCCUUAUUACCCUUGUGGUCUUGCAGCCAACUCUCAGUUCAACGACACAUUCUAUAGCCCUGUCCUUUUGAACGUUCCAGGUGGAUCUUCCAGCGACAACAGAACCUAUGUUAUGCAAAACAACACCGAUAUUUCGUGGAGCAGCGAUAAGGCGUUGUAUGGCGAGAGUAAAUACAACUGGUCCCAAGUUGCUGUCCCACCAAACUGGGUCGUCAGAUAUCCAAAUGGCUACAGUACGGAUUAUCACCCAAAUCUUGUGGAUGACGAAGCUUUCCAAGUCUGGAUGCGUCUUGCUGGUCUCCCCACUUUCAGCAAGUUGGCGCAGAGGAACGAUGACGAUAUUAUGGUAGCUGGAACCUAUACCGUCGACAUCAACCACAAUUUCAAUGUCACAGAAUAUGGUGGCACAAAGUCAAUCAUCAUCUCCACUCGUACCGUGAUGGGAGGAAAGAAUCCUUUCUUAGGCAUUGCAUACGUUGUCGUAGGCGGCAUUUGCAUUGUCCUUGGAGCUCUCUUCACUGUCACGCAUCUCAUCAAGCCAAGGAAAUUGGGCGAUCAUACCUAUCUCAGUUGGAACAACGAGGGUCCAAGCACGGCGACAACGAGUGGAAGAGAUGGCGGAAUGGGACUUGGCGGUGAAGGCAGUCAUGCUUAGAUAGCAAACUGAUAGGAGAGGAACCAAUUUGAAAAGGGCUUGGCUGAGCGGCAAAGAUGAGAGCACAUGAAGAGAAGAGUAGCUGUAUAAUAUGCAAUCAUGAGGUUUUCCUUUUUGUCCGUGGUCUCGGGUUUCAUUGUUUGAUAGGGAGGCAAAGCGGUUUCUGGCGCGUUGUGGUCUUCCUCUUACACCUGCUAAAUGCGAGGUUGGAUUGGAGGAUCUGGGUCUGAUAUUUCUCGGUACUUAGAAUUGAAUGAAUGAUGCGUCGUCCUUGUAUUUUUUCUUUGUG